AUGCCCACCAUCCUCAUAACCGGCGCCUCAGGCUUCAUCGGACAACUCCUCGCCACUCACCUCCUCACCAACCAUGCCACCGCCCCAGAAAACAAACUUAUCCUCACCGAUAUCAUCACACCCUCUGCCCCCUCCUCCCCCCAUCCCCAAAACACACAAUGCAUCCAAGCCGAUCUCUGCAAUGCCGAGUCCCUCUCUUCCCUCCUUUCCUCGGCCGGAACAAUCGACACCAUAUUCAUCUUCCACGGCAUCAUGUCAUCCGGCUCGGAGCAAAAUUUCGAGCUCGGCAUGAAAGUAAAUCUGCACUCUACACUUUCUCUUCUUGAAGGAAUCAGAAAUAAUCCAUCUUUGAAGCCCGAGGGCAGAUUAGUUCGUGUCAUCUACGCAUCUUCGCUCGCGGUAUACGGGAGACCGCUCCCGGAAAUAAUCACAGAGGAUACGCAUCCCACUCCCGAGGGCUCUUACGGCUGUCAGAAAUUAGCAUGUGAAACUCUCCUGCAGGAUUACAUCCGCAGGGGAUUUAUCGAUGGUUUGGCAUUGCGUUUCCCGACGAUUAGUAUCAGGCCGGGGAAACCAACGCAGGCGGCGAGUUCGUUUCUGAGCGGGAUGAUUAGAGAGCCGAUGGCGGGGAAGGAGUGCGUGGUGCCGAUUAAGGAUCGUGGGUUUGUGAGCUGGAUGUGUAGUCCGAGGACGUUGACGGAGAAUUUGAUUCAUGCGAUGGAGAUGGAGUUGCAGGGGGUGGAUGGACAUCGUAGGGCGGUUAAUCUACCCGGGAAAGGAGCGAGUGUGCAGGAGAUGUUGGAUGCGUUGGUGAAGGUUGGGGGAGAGGAGAAAUUGGGGUUGAUUAGGGAGGAGGAGGAGGAGGCGACGGUGAGGAUUUUGAGGAGCUGGGGGGUGAGGUAUGAUAAUGCGUUUGCGUUUGGGUUGGGGUUUAGGGAGGAUAGAGGGUUUGAGCAGGCGGUUAGGGAUUAUGUGGAGGGAUUGGAGGGGUGA